AUGAAUAAUCAUCAUUCGAUUGACGACAGCAACAAUAUUAAUGGUGAUGAAGAAGAAUGUUUAUCAUUUUUUAAAAAAUUACGAAUUGGUAUUGGAAAAUUGAAAGAUGAAAUCGAAAAUCUUGAAACAAUAACCAAAGAAAUUACGGAUAAGAUUAAUGGUCGUUUGAAUCAAAAUUUAACAAAAUUUCAAUCCAAAACCAUCGAUGAUGCUGAUCAAAUUCUGGAAAAAGUUCAAGAAUUUCAUUCAAAAAUCUUAAAUGAAAAUAAUAAUCCUUUGGACGCAUUCGAAACCAAACUAUUAAAUCUACGUGAACGUUUAUUGGGAUUUGAAGAAGAAAAUCAUCGAUUAUCAAAAAAUUAUCAACCAUUUCGACCAAAAGAUACUUCGUGUUGUGAUAUUAUUGAUGAUGAAACAACAUUCGAAUUAACAACGAAUCAAUCGAAUGAAAAUUUAAACAACGAUAAUGAUGGUAAAGUCGAAAUAGCCAAAUUAUCAUCACAAAAACGAUUGGAUUUAUAUGAUACACCUAAAUCAAAUAAUAAGAAUAAUUUUUAUGAUAAAAUUACAUCAACACCGAAUAAUAUUGAAAAUCAUUUCAAUAGUUCUACCGAUGAUGAUGGUAGUUUUAAUCUUCUUUCGACCGUUCGAAAACAAGCUGCAAAAAAACAACAACAGCAACAACAACAACAACAACAAUCGAAUAAUUCUUCCGCUAGGAAAUCUGCAAAGAAAAAAUCAACAAAAAUUGAUUUAGCUAAAUGUGAUAAUCCAAUAGCAGCACGUGCUUUAGCUAUUUAUAAUCGUUGGAUGCCAUCAUCAACAAAUAAUGAUUCGGAUCAAUCAAUUUGUUGCAGUGAAACAUCCACAUUGAAAUUGGAUGAUGAUCAACAGAUUUCAUCAAAUAAAUCGUUGAAUCGUCGAAUGACACCAAGAAAUCAACAUCAUUUAAAAAUGGCUAAAAAUCUAAAUAAUGAUCAUGGUCGUGAUGAAUAUGAAACAAUUGAAUUUACACCUGGAAUGACUACAAAAGUUCGAAAAUCAAUCGAAAAUUGAAUGUUUUUGGAGAACCACCUCUUUUCCGACAGUGGCUUUGAUGUCAUAGUCACUUGGCUGAUCUUCUCACAAAAUCGGCGAAAAAA